GCGUAGGUGGUGCACCGCUUGCACCGGGUUCUGUUCCCAUACGGAACGGAACUAAACUAGGAAAUUUAACCCCUUGCAUACGACAAAACAUCUUCUCCUCUUCUUUUGUCAUGUCGACUGUUUUGAAGCCUCUGUCUCUACUACUGCUGCGAACCAGCGCUUUACGCACCCCCAACUGGAUCAGACCUAUUACCCAGAGCGUGGGAACCGAGCCAAGUUGGUGUCGGCGGCGCCAUUCAGCAAUCAGACGAAUCAACAGCGGCAGUAACACCACUGUGCUACUCCAGGAACAUGCCAGCGGAGACGAAGACUCAGCCGGGGAGCUAAACCUCAGUGAUAGCUGUGUUAAGCAACUGCAGAAGGUGACGGAGGAGGAGCCGGGGUUGGUGCUGAGGGUAAUGGUGGACGGAGGAGGCUGCUCUGGCUUCCAGUACAAGAUCGACUUUGACACAAAGAUCAGCUCCGAUGACAAGGUGUUUGAGAGAGGAGGUGUUCGUGUAGUCGUUGACGAGCUCUCCCUGGGACUGCUGGGAGGGUGUAUUGUCGACUACCACACUGAGCUCAUUAGGUCAGGGUUCAUGAUCACCGGGAACCCGCACGCCGAGACCAACUGCUCUUGUGGCGUGUCCUUUGCUCCCAAGUGACCCCUCCCUCCAGCCUUGACUAUAAAUUAUGUGUGUGUGUCUGUGAUGUGCAGUCAAAUACUUGAGCGAUGUUAUACUAUUUGUGUCAGUCAUCAGUCAUAGUAAUACAGUAUGUACUAUCAUCACAAUGUUUUACACAAUUAGUCCACUGUACAAUGUUUAUGAACAUGACAGGAAAAACGGUAG